AUGAAUAAUGAUAAUAAUUCUGGGCUACAAGAAAUGAAGAUAUGUGAGGAUAUAGAAGAAUUAAUUGAAGAUUUAAUAUAUUAUAUUAGAACAAACGAUAUAGAAGAAGUAAAAAAAAUUUUAGAAGAAGAUUCUAGAAUAAUUAAUUUAAAUAAUAUUAAAGAUGAGAAUGAUAAUACAUUAUUACAUUUUGCUUGUGCAAAUAAUAAUAUAGAUAUGAUUUUAUUCUUACUUUAUGAAUGUAAUAUAGAUUAUAAUCAAUACAAUAAAAGUGGUAACAGUCCUUUGAUGUGGUCCAUACAAAACAAACAUAUAGAAUCUACUAGAGAAGUUUUAUUCUUUGAUUAUUAUUUAAAUAAAAUUAAAUAUAAUAAUUUAGAAAAGAAAAAAAAUGAAGUAUUUGAAAAUAUUAGAAAUGUUAUUGAUAAUAAUUUUAUAAAUCCUAAUUAUAGGUUAUCACAAAAUAUAAAAAAGAAAAUCAAUACAAUCGAUAUAUAUAACUUGUAUGACAAAAUAGAUGAGAAAAAUAUAAACAAUCAAAAUAUAAAUAAUAAUAUAAUUACAUGUAAUGAAAUAUUACAAAAUAUUAAGGAAGAACAACUUAUUCAUUAUAAAGAAAGGAAUAAAAUUAAUUUAUUAAAAAAAAAUGAAUUUAAUAAAAGUAUUUUAUCUGAAGCGUUUGAUGCACAGAAUGAACAGAUUCUACAUCUAAUUUUGAAUCACCCUAUAUCUGUUGUAUUGGAUAACCAAGAAGAAGAACUAGAUGAUGAUAAUAAAAAUAAAGAUGAUGUUGAUAAUAUAAAUGUAAAUAUGAGUGAAGAGUACACCACCAAAAUAAAUGACAACAACAAUAAUAAUAAUAUUAAUAUUAAUUGUAAUAGUAAUAGUAAUAGUAAUAAUUUUUGUGAUAGUGUGACUCUUAAUAUACAUAAUAAUGAAUCAAAUAAAAAAUUUACUACAAAUAUUGAAGAAGCUAAAAUAAUUCAAGAAAAGAUUUAUCAAUUAAAAAUAAAUAAUAACAUAAAAACAAAAGAAGAACAACCACAUAUUGAUAGUAAUAAUAAUAUUAUAAUACAUAUAAGAGAAAUUGGACUUAAUUAUUUUGGAGAUACUCUAGAUGAAUCAAAUGCAUCUAAUGAUCUAACUGGAAUUAAUAUAUGGGAAUCGUGUCUUGUGGCUAGUAGAUGGUAUAGUGAUUUAUGUUUAGAAAAUUUUUUUUUUAAUAAAAAUAUUUUAGAAAUUGGUGCUGGUAGUGGAAUGGCUAGUAUUACAUUAUUUAUAUAUUCACAUCUUUACAACAACAAUAAUAAUAAUAAUUAUAAUAAUAAUAAUAAUAAUAAUAGUGAGAAAGGUAUAAAUAAUUUAAUAAUUAGUGAUAUAAAUAAUAUAACAUUAAAUAAUAUUAAACAUAAUUUAUUAUUAAAUGAAAAUAUAUUAAAUUCUAUUAAUUUAGAAUGGAAAAAUAAAAUUACAGUUACUAAUAUCGAUUUUACAAAUAAAAAUACAUACCCACAAAAAAAUAAUGAAAUAAUAAAAUAUGAUUGUAUAAUAGCUAGUGAUAUUAUUUAUGAUCAUAAAAUAGUAUCAUCCAUUAUAUAUUUAUUAAAUACAACUCUACAAAUUAAUGGAACCUUUCUAUAUGUUUGUAAAAAAAAUAGAGACGGUAUACAAUUAUUUAUAAACGAAUUACAAAAUAAUAAUUAUACUAUUCAAUAUUUUACACCUCCAGAUGAAUAUUUUAAAAAUCCUUUUCUUAAUUUGUCUCAAAAUAUAUUUAAUAUGAAAUUCUCAGAGUUUGAUGAUCAAGAAAAUUUUAUUAUGAUGAAAUGUCAAAGGUUAUAA